AUGGAAAUAGACGGAUCCCAAUUAGAGGGUGGUGGACAGAUUUUGCGUGUCACGUGUUCGUUUGCCGCAUUACUCAAGAAAGAUAUUCACAUACACUCAAUCCGUAAAAACAGGAAGAACCCCGGGCUGGCCAAUCAACAUGUUGUAUGUAUCUCGGCUAUUCGAGACCUUUUCAGUAUUCCUGUCGAUUCGCUCAAAGAGAAGCAGACUGAGUUGUUUUUCCCGGCUUCAAAAGCGGUACUUCCUCCACAGCCAAUCAUGAAGAAAUUUUCGAUGCGAGGAGCCGGUAGUUGUUGCCUUGUUCUUCAGUCACUAAUGCCUUGUUUAUUUGCGAUAGAAGGCGUACACCAUAUUAUUGUGUGUGGAGGUACUCACACUCUAUGGGCACCAUCACCGGAGUAUUUCAUGCAGAUCUACUCUCCUCCUCUUAGGGAUAUGGGAAUACUCCUGGAAGUGCAGAUCAGGCGCUUUGGGUUUUUCCCGAGAGGUGGUGGUGAAAUUGAGUGUACGAUGACGUGCCCGGCUGAAAUAAAACCGAUUGUUCAAAAUGGGAGAGGUAAGGCGCUUAGAGUCGUAGGAAGAGUCAUUGGUGGCAACGAUCAGGACUUUACCAUCGGGGACGUUGCAAGCGAGUUGAAAAAAGAGCUUCGAAAGGUAGUCAAAUUUGGUGGUGAAGUAGUGAAGAGUGAAAUCGAAGUGGUGAACGUUGGGGGAAAGGCGAAAAUUGUUGAAAUAUUUGUUGAGUUUGAGAGCUGUCGAAUCUCUUCGUUUGUUGUUGAGGAGAACAACGAGGGGUGGGGGAAGUUGCUUGAAAGGAGUUUGGAGCGCCUUCAAAUGGAGUUGAAACAUGACGGGUGUUGUGAUGAGUAUUUGCAAGACAUGAUGUUAGUGCCGAUGGCGUUAGCGAAAGGCAAAAGUCGCAUAACAUGUGGUGAGGUUAGCAUGCACUCAAAGACAAUGUUUGAAGUUAUCAAACAAAUGAUGGGAGUUGAGUUUGUUGUGACCAAGUCCACGAAUUGUAAUGUUAUAGAGUGCGAUACAUCCAAAUGA